AUGUCGGGUAAAAAAAUCAAAGCGCUUUUCGGCCGUUCCAUAGAAUUCAUUUCGCCCAUAGCGAACGUGUUGCCUUUUCCCGGUGUACCGGAACUAUUCUCUGUUAUUGAUCGAAUUGUUGUGCUCGUCGACACCGCAAGAUGUAAUAAAGAAACAUUGCCUUACAUUAAGGAGUAUAUGUUGGAGGUGAAGCAGACAAUCGAUGACAACAAAGAUAUAAUAAACGAUGAAGAUACUCCAAGUUUGAUGAAGGCGCUGAAAAACUGGGAAAGGUUUUUGCUUAAAUAUACCCGGCCUAAAAUGAAAACACUAUUGGCUAUCAUUAAUGCUGAUCAGAUAGAUCGAAAGAUUGGCGGCCUAUUUGCCGACCUGGACAGAGCCCUAAAUGCUGCUAAUCUAAGGGUAAACUUGGAAAACAAUAAACGUCUUAAGGAGAUAUCUGGAACCGUGGAGAAGGUGGAUGAACACAUAUAUAAUUUGGGUAAUAAGGUGGAUGCUUUGCAAAUUAAUGUGCAAGACGCUGUGAAGGACGCUGUGAAGGGCGCUAUGAAGGACACUAUGAACGAUGUGACAGCGAAAGUCAAAGAUUCUUUCUUAACUACUGCAGUUAUUCUUGGCGCUCGUUUAUCAAAGGAACAAAUAGACGGAUUAAAGAUUGAACCAGAACUUGUCAGUCCCGAUCAACCUCAUGGCGAUGGUCGUAUAAAAGUUAGAUAUUGUCUUGGUCUUUAUGCUGAAAAAAUUAAAAUUGCAAAGGUGGACGACAAUAUUGAUAAGUACUGGGUACAGGCCUUCAUUAGCUCCAAAUUGGAUAAGGAAUUAUUCAUGAAAAUCUACGGCAUUUUACUCGACGGAGGAUUUUAUUACAUGAUUACAGAGUGGCCAGAAAAGGGAACGCUCUACCAAUACCUUAAGGAACACAAAAAUAUUCCGUGGACACAAAAGAUAAAAUGGGCAUCGCAUUUAGCAAGAGCGCUUGCCGUUUGCCACGUUAAACACAUUCUGCACCAUGACAUUCGCAGUCAUAAUGUGGUCGUAGAUGAAAACGACAGUGUCAAAUUAGCAAACUAUCAUCUUGCCAGAGGAAUGGAAGACAAGACGACUUCAGUUGGUGGAGUGACUGAUAGCGUCAGAUGGUUAUGCCCUGAAAAAGUGAGGGAAGGCACGCUUCCUUAUUCUAAGUCAGCCGAUGUAUACAGCUUUGGCAUGCUUAUGUGGGAAAUAAGUUCUCACGAUGUUCCUUUCUCAGAAAAAAACAUUAACGAAGUAUAUGCCUCAAUAAAAAAUUCAGAUGAGCGGAAUGCUCCGCGCCCACCAAUAGUUCCCGGUACACCAGGAAAAUACGCAAAGAUUAUGCAGAGAUGUUGGAGACAGAUUCCCGGAGAUCGUCCGACAAUGCAAUCUGUCGUACGAAAGUUAGAAAAACUAGAAAAUGUGUACGAUUCGCCAGGGUAUGCUACCGAUGAUGCAGUCUCUAGUAGCGUUACUGAAUAUGAUUCAUGCGCUCCUACACACCCAAGCGUAACGAUUGAUUCAGCGAUCAAGUUACACACUCGAAAACGUUUCGGGGAAGCCUUCAAUCAAUUCAAGAUACUGGCUGAUCAGGCUGAACCAAGCGCUGAAGCAAACUUUUAUGUUGGCCGAUAUCUUCUCGACCCUAAAAUACAGCUCAAUAGUAGGGAAGAUCCGAAUGUAGGAGUAAGCUAUUUGGAAGCGGCAGAAGAGUUGGGAUGCAAUAGGGCAGCUCAAUUCCGCGCUCAAGAGAAGAUGGCAGCCGCCGCAGCAAUACGAAAACGAUUACUGGCUGCGGGUGACGAUGUAAAUGCCGGAAUAAUUAUGGACAGAAUGAAGACCGAGUGUUUAGCCGAGUUUCGUGAUAGUGCAAAACGCGGUGACCUACGCUGUAUGAAAGAUCUCGCUGAUUAUGGAGCAAAGUUGGGUGAUGAAGAGAGUUUUAAAGAAGGUCGAACUAUGUUGCGCAAUGUAAUUAACAACUCGAAAGAUGACAGAGAAAGAGCGAAAGCACGAGAUUUUUUGACGAAGUUGCAAGUACAUAAUGAUAAGUUCUUAAAUUAA